UCUUUUAUUUCUCUCUUUAAGAGGAGUGUUGAGUGAAAUGUUCUAUUUUAUAAUAUUAUUAUUUAGUCGAACUAUAACACCUUCUUCCCUCACACCUAUUGUAGGUGGUGACAUUGUUAGAAAUGAGGGUGUUAUUAAAUAUCCCUACAUGGUGUCAUUGCAGCAGAAAUUUAAUAAAACUCCUGAAAAUGACGAAAUUUACUAUAAACAUUUUUGUGGUGGAAGCUUACUUAACUCUCAAUGGAUUUUAUCGGCAGGUCAUUGUUUAUGGAAUAAAAAUAUUGCAAAUGUUUUCGCUGUAAUAGGCCAUGAAAAUAUAACAAAUAUUAGACAAGAACAUCGUCUAGCAAUUGAUCGCGUUGAAUUUAUCCACUUUCAGCCUACAAAUCUGCAAAAUGAUAUCGCUUUGUUGCAUUUACAAAAGAACAAUAUCCCUGAUAUCAGCUUUAACAACUAUGAUUUCUACGGAAAGUUGCCUAGUUAUGGAAUGAAGGCUUAUAGAAAAAAUCCCUGUAAAAUAAUUGGCUUUGGAGCAAAAAGACAUGCUGGACUAAUACAGGAACAAUUACAUGAAGCCGAAGUUUUUGUUAUUACUAACAAACGAUGCCGUUCGCUAUUGGGAUAUGUUUGGGCACCACAAAAAGGAGACAAUACAGUAUGUGCUUUAGGAAACUCUCAGGAGGACACAUGCCAGGGAGAUUCCGGUGGUCCAUUAAUAUGCCAAUAUAAUGGAAAAUAUUAUAUAUAUGGCGUAGUAUCGUACGGUUUAACUUGCGGCAUUAAAGGUAUGCCCAGCAUUUAUACGCUUACUGGUCCCUACAUUGAAUGGAUUAAUUUGAUAAUUAACGAGUGAAUUAUGACUUAUGAAUUAAAACAGAUAUAAAUUUUAAAUUACAGCAUACAUAAUAAAUUGUAACAGGAAUAUUUAUUAACAAAAUAAAUUACAAUUAUUGAUACAUACAUAUGUAUAUCGGAACAUAAUUUUAAUAUCUAAUUAAUAGGUUUUUAAUAAUUAAUAAUAAUUAUAGAACAUUUUAGCUAAUGUAAUUGUAAUUUUCUAAUACAUACAUAUAAAUAUUUAAAUGAAAGGAAAUGUUGAGUAUAGACAUCAAAUAAUUGUUACUACAAACUAUUAGUAACAAUAACAAAUAAAACAAAGAAUAAAUAAAA